AUGUAGUCCUCGGAUCAUCCCCCCACCCCCGAUAGAGGCUGCUCAGCCCGCCGCGACCACCGCCGCGCCCGCCGCAGCCCGGCCGGCGCCCUCCCGUUUCCUUCCUCCAGGGAGGGGGGAGCAUGUCCUUCGGGUCGCUUUCCAGGAAGCUGCAGGAUGUGCCGCUCCGCUGUCAGUAGCAACAAGCUGCGCAAACCAUGCAGGAUGAUUUACUGAUGGACAAAAGCAAAACCCAGCCCCAGCCCCAGCAACAGCGGCAGCAGCAGCAGCCCCAGCCCGAGCCCAGCGCAGCCGAAGCCGCGUCCACGCCCCUCUCCUCUGAGACCCCCAAGCCAGAGGACAGCAGCGCAGUGCCGGCCCUGAGUCCUGCCACGGCCCCGCAGGCCCCGAACGGCCCGGACAAGAUGCAGAUGGAAUCGCCGCUCCUGCCGGGCUUGAGUUUCCAUCAGCCCCCUCAGCAGCCGCCGCCACCGCCGCCUCAGGAGCCCGCGGCACCCGGCGCGUCCCUGUCGCCUUCCUUCGGCAGUACUUGGUCCACGGGCACCACGAACGCGGUGGAGGACAGCUUCUUCCAGGGGAUCACCCCGGUCAACGGGACCAUGCUCUUCCAGAACUUCCCGCACCACGUCAACCCAGUCUUCGGAGGCACCUUCUCCCCGCAGAUCGGCCUGGCGCAGACCCAGCACCACCAGCAGCCGCCUCCGCCCGCACCGCAGCCCGCGCAGCCGGCGCAACCCCAGCAGGCGCAGCCCCCGCAGCAGCGCCGGUCGCCAGCCAGCCCGAGCCAGGCGCCCUAUGCGCAGAGGAGCGCCGCCGCGGCGUACGGCCACCAGCCCAUCAUGACCAGCAAGCCGUCCUCGUCUUCGGCCGUCGCGGCUGCCGCCGCCGCCGCCGCCGCCUCUUCGGCCUCAUCCAGCUGGAGCACGCACCAAAGCGUGAACGCCGCCUGGAGUGCGCCAUCCAACCCCUGGGGCGGCCUGCAGGCUGGCCGGGACCCUCGCCGGGCGGUCGGCGUGGGCGUGGGCGUGGGCGUCGGGGUGCCUUCCCCGCUCAACCCCAUCUCGCCGCUCAAAAAGCCCUUCUCCAGCAAUGUCAUCGCACCGCCCAAGUUCCCUCGCGCGGCCCCACUCACCUCCAAAUCCUGGAUGGAGGAUAAUGCUUUCAGGACCGAUAAUGGUAACAAUCUGUUGCCAUUUCAGGACCGGAGUAGGCCCUAUGACACUUUUAACUUGCACUCCUUGGAGAACUCCUUAAUGGAUAUGAUAAGGACUGAUCAUGAGCCUCUGAAAGGUAAACACUACCCUCCCAGUGGCCCACCAAUGAGUUUCGCUGAUAUAAUGUGGAGGAAUCAUUUUGCAGGGCGCAUGGGAAUAAAUUUUCAUCAUCCAGGAACAGAUAAUAUUAUGGCACUUAACACCAGGAGCUAUGGGCGGAGACGAGGUCGGUCUUCUCUCUUUCCCUUUGAAGAUGCCUUCCUGGAAGACAGCCAUGGAGAUCAGGCAUUGUCAUCUGGCUUAAGUUCUCCCACUCGCUGUCAAAAUGGAGAACGAGUGGAGCGCUACUCUAGAAAAGUGUUUGUCGGAGGCCUUCCUCCUGAUAUUGACGAAGAUGAGAUCACUGCCAGCUUCCGCAGGUUUGGACCUCUUGUAGUGGACUGGCCUCACAAAGCUGAAAGCAAGUCAUAUUUUCCUCCUAAAGGCUAUGCCUUUCUGCUGUUCCAGGAAGAGAGCUCAGUACAAGCUUUGAUCGAUGCAUGCCUAGAAGAAGAUGGGAAAUUGUACCUGUGUGUGUCAAGCCCCACCAUCAAGGAUAAGCCAGUGCAAAUUCGACCAUGGAACCUAAGUGACAGUGACUUUGUAAUGGAUGGUUCUCAGCCUUUGGACCCCAGAAAAACUAUCUUUGUUGGGGGAGUUCCACGACCCCUUCGAGCUGUUGAACUGGCAAUGAUCAUGGACCGUUUAUAUGGUGGUGUCUGCUAUGCUGGCAUUGAUACAGACCCAGAGCUGAAGUACCCCAAAGGUGCUGGCCGUGUGGCGUUCUCCAAUCAACAGAGUUACAUUGCAGCCAUCAGUGCGCGCUUUGUGCAGCUCCAACACAAUGACAUUGACAAACGGGUGGAAGUGAAGCCAUACGUGCUGGAUGACCAGAUGUGUGACGAGUGCCAGGGCACGCGCUGUGGGGGGAAGUUUGCCCCGUUCUUCUGUGCCAACGUCACCUGUCUGCAGUAUUACUGCGAGUACUGCUGGGCGAGCAUCCACUCCCGUGCCGGGCGGGAGUUCCACAAACCGCUGGUGAAGGAGGGAGGCGACCGCCCUCGUCACGUCCCGUUCCGCUGGAGCUGAGCCCAGGGCCGAGCCAGCCACAAGAAAAAGGCAUGCUUUCUGACUGACAUGAUCUUUUGCAAUACCUCAAUUUUGAAAUAUAGGAAAGAAAAUGAUAUUUUCUAAGUAAGUUUAUUCAGAAAAAAAAUAUAUAUUAAUUUAAUUCUGCAAGAAAAUGAUUUAACAGAUGGGUAACUUUAUUUUUUUCAUGCUUAUUUGUGUUUUUUGAAAAAUGAAGAAGUUAGAGCUUUAUAACUAUAAUAUUAAAGAUCUUAUCUAACCUACAGAAACCUACCUAAUUAUGUGAAACAAGCAAAACUUUUUGAAGCAGCACCCCCUCUUUCAUGUACUAAAAUAACACUGAGAUUUUAAGAAAAAACUGGAAGAUUGUGCAGCAUAAAGCUAAAGCGAAGGCAAAACAAACCAACCUUGUCGUGAAGAAUAGGUUACACAAAAUAAACUCCAUUUGGUGCUGAAAGUUGUGACUAGCCGGUGGAAACUCCUCCCCUUAAUUUGUAUAUUUAUAAUCAAGCGCUGAUUGUGCACGACUGACCAGGAUUGUGAAAGAGUUCUUCUGUUUGUAUUUUUUUAAAGAAAACUUUUUUAGUUUAUUAAAUUAUGACAUGUUCCCUUUUGUUUUGUAAAUAAAUGUGCCCCCCCCCCCAAGUUCUUAAUGUUAUAUUAAAAGAGAGGGUCCUUCAAAAACAUUAUUUUUUAAAACACAGAGGUGUUCUGACCUGCAACUUGACUGGGAAGCCCCUGGGUAACACAGGGCCUGCUGUGGCCUUUCCUUGAUGUGACACUUGAACUAGUCGAUUUUUUGAAGGCUAUAACCUAACCUCGACUAUUUGUUGUUAUGUGCAAUACUGUUUGUACUGUUUGUAUAAAAAAUAGAAAAAAAAAAAGAAAAGAAAAAAGGCAUAAAUCUUUAUUGCAGAUUUAUUUUCAUUGCAAACUUUAGACAUUGUGAUUCACUGAAAUCAUUUUUCUACUGUCAAAUAUGUACCUUUUCUUCAUGCUGGUAUUUUUUCAAUAGUAAUGUAGCCUUUGUACUGAGAAAUUUUCAUUGUUAUUUUUAGAAAGAUUUUUUGCUAAGAAAAAAAUUAAACAUAUUUACAUAUUUUUCAUUUUAUUUCGUAUUUUCUUUAAGGAGUGCUUUCUCAAUCAUUAAUAGAGUUGUUUCUGGGAGGGACUUUCAUAUCUGGUCAAUGUCAUAAUAUUAUUUUCUAUUUUUACUUGGAAUAAAUUAAUUUUAUGAUGCUAAUUCUUUAAAAGUUUAUUUUUUUCAUUUCAGUUAUUUUUGAAGCUAAAACCUUUGUAAUAUUGUUACUAAAGUGUCUAGUUUUUUGAAAUGCAAAGCUUUAUGUAUUAACUUGCUGAUGUGGUUUACAAUAGUGUGACAACGAUGAAAAUGGUUGGUUAUGUAAAGUGAUUGGAAAUGUCUUGGAGAAUUGGGUAAUAAAAUGGCAGAAUGAGCACAACA